CGCACUGAAGAUUAGCGAUCCUUUCUCCUCCACCUUAAUUAACCUGCUCGAUCUAGCUAUCGUGCCUCAUCUCCGGACGAUGGCCGCGCACCGGGAGCUGCUGCUCCUCCUCCUCGCCGCCGCGGUCGUCGCGGCCCUGGCCGCCGUCGUGUCCGCCGACGACGCCAAGCCGACCAUCCUGACCCCCGUGGCGCAGACCCCGCUGGGAUCCUUCGACGGCGACACGCCGGCCUCCGACGACGACUCCGUGGAAGACGACGACGACGCCGCGCCCGUCGGCGCGCCCACCGGCGCCACCAUGACCGAGCCCAAGCCCGAGCUCCCCUCCCCGCCCGGCACCGAAGCUACCGCGGGUGGCGCCGCCGCCAGCGGCGCGCCGGCCGACCUCGCGGUGCUGGCGGCCCGCGUGGGCGCCGUCGCGGCCGUCGCCGCAGGAGUCUUCGCCUUCUGAUCGAUCGAGGCACUCACUCUCGGGAGCGAUUGGAGAUUGAUUUUCAUUUUAUGCAUGCAUGCGUUGUGAUGGGUUUGCUGGGACUAAGAAUGACCGAAGCCAACGCCCCCUGCGUGUCUAGAUGAUCACGACGACAAGCUUUGUUGAGCACUGCAAAUUUACAUGUCCAGUUUCUUUGAUUUCAUAUAUGUAUAACUAUUCUUUUUUCUUUCUCAACUCAAAUUCACACUAGAAGUAUUCUUUUUUCUUUCUCAACUCAAAUUCGCACUAGAAGCAUCAGAUUAUAUUAGAGCAUAUGCUUCUGAAGACAAAAUAAUUGUGUUCAUCUAUCCGCAUUCUUCUGUCAGACAUCACCUUGCACUUCAAAAUUAUUGUCACGAGGUAUAUACUGCUAGCUAAGUAAAAUAUCAGCCGCUUGUACGGUCAAAAAUCAGGCGAGGAUGGAAGAUAUACAUUUACAGCUACCAUACAUCCAUCCCAGCUGGACAACGUUGACGUGACGGACAAAAUCCUUUCAUCUAUCACAUAAUCUACACCUUCAAAU